AUGGACGAGGGUUUCACGUGCGGAGAAAAAGAGGGUGCGGGCGAGGCCCAGAGACCCAAUUGUCAGGGAUCGGCGGGUGAGACUCUCGCGGACGCAAGAAGCGUGCAGCAAGGAGUGACCAAAGCGCGCGGUGGCUCCCAAUGGGCCGUCGCGCAGUUUUGCAGUCGGGCCGUCAAGUCAGGUUGGAAGGGCCCGCAGGAAGGUCGGAGCAAUGAGCGAGCUGGACUGGGCGACUAA